CUCAGGGUCUUGUCUCCAGCUGUGAGCUUCAGUCAGAAUGGGCUGGAGAUAACUAUCCAAUGUUUUGUUGGGAUUUCACCCAGGAAUGAGGGUGGGAGAGAGGAAGAGAGAGUGUGGGGGACGGGGAUUUAUAACUUGGAGGGAACAAGAGAGGAAAAUACACCACAGAAACUGGAAUUGUCUGUUUAAUGAAUUCUCUGCCUCACUGACAGUGAACUGUUUGGUUAUCUCCUGUCACAGGGACUGGAAGAGGAGGGCUCACACCAAGGAAAUCCAAAACAAAGCACCAGGUCAAGAUCUGGGCAGUGACACUAACAUCAGGAGUUGAACAUCACUGCCCUCUUGAUUGUGGAAGGAGACGUGUUUGUUUUGUCUGAGGGGAAAGAUCUCAAACCUCAAUACGACUGGAAGAGCACCGAGCCGCACCUGAGUGAGAGUGUUCCAGUGAGCUGACUGUGGACAGCGCUUUCACCAGACACACAGACUUCAAGAAACUAUUUCGAGGAGAAACUGCGCACCUGCGAAUAGAGUUAGGUGUUCCCUGCCUGAUAAGAUUUGAACUGAUCCUUCAGUAUGGAGGGGCACAAAGACACGGUCACCAUGGAGAAACCGUGUAAAUGCGUGGAGUGUGGGAAGGGAUUCAGAUUUCCGUCCAGGCUGGACGUGCAUCGACGCACGCACACUGGGGAGAAACCGUUCACCUGCUCAAAAUGUGAGAAGGGAUUUGCUCGUCUGUGCAGUUUACAGAUACACCAGAGAACUCACACUGGAGAGAAACCAUUCAUCUGCAUCAAGUGCGGGAUGGGAUUUGCUCAUUCGUCCAGUUUACGUGUCCACCAGCGAAUUCACACUGGGGAGAAGCCAUUCAAAUGCUCCGAGUGUGAAAAGGGGUUUGCUCAUUUAUCCAGCUUACAAAUGCACCAGAGAACUCACACUGGGGAGAAAUCAUUCAUCUGCUCUGACUGUGGUAAGGGGUUCACUCAUUCAACCAGUUUACAUGUACACCAGAAAGCUCACACGGGAGAAAGACCAUUCACCUGCUCUGACUGUGGCAAGGGAUUUCUUCAGUCAUCCAAGUUACAUCAGCACCAAAGAAUUCACACUGGGGAGAAACCGUUUGUCUGUUCUGAAUGUGGGAAGGCAUUUGCACAGUCAUCCACUUUAAACGUCCACCAGAGAAUUCACACUGGAGAGAGACCGUUCACCUGCUCCAAGUGUGGGAAGGGAUUCGCGCAGUCAUCCAGCUUACAUGAACACUGGCGGACCCACACCGGUGAGAGACCAUUCAUCUGCUCUUACUGUGGGCAGGGAUUCGCUGAGUCAUCCACCUUACUUAACCACCAGAGACUUCACACUGGAGAAAAACCAUUCGCUUGCUCUGAGUGCGGGAAGCGGUUCACCCAGUUGUCCAACUUGCAUCAACACCAGAGAACGCACACUGAAGAAAAACCGUUCACCUGCCCCGAGUGUGGGAAGGGAUUUGCUCAGUCUUCCAAGUUACGUGAACACUGGAGAACUCACACUGGGGAGAAACCAUUCAUCUGCUCUGACUGCGGGAGGGGAUUCGCUCAGACGUCCACCUUGCGCGCACAUCGGAGAAUUCACACCAGAGAGAAGCCAUUCAUCUGUUCUGAGUGCGGGAAGGGAUUUGCUCAGUCAUUCAAGCUGCACCAACACCAGAGGACUCACACUGGGACGAAACGUUCGUCUGCUAUGACUGUGGGCUGGGAUUCACUCAGUCAUCCACCUUACAUGUACAGCAGCGAAUUCACACUGGAGAGAAAUGACUCACCUGCUCCAAGCGUGGGAAGGGAUUUGCUCAGGCAUCUGGCUUACAUGAACACUGGAGACCUCGCGCUGGGGAGAGGCCACUCAUCUGCCCUGAGCGUGGGGGGAGAUUUGCUCAGUCUUCCAAGUUACAUGAACACUGGAGAAUUAGUAUCUGGGAGAAACCAUUCAACUGCUCUGAUGAUGGGCAGGGAUUCCCUCAGCCAUCCACCUUGCAUAACCACCAGAGAACUCACACUGGAGAAAAACUGUUCACCUGCCCUGAGUGUGGGAGGGGAUUUGCUCAGUCUUCCAAGUUAUGUGAGCGCACGUGAAACCACCGGAGAACUCGCGCUGGAGAAAAACCAUCCACCUGCUCUGACCGUGGGAAGAGAUCCACUUGGUUAUCCGACCUACCUUCACAGCACGGAACUCACAGUGGAGAAAAACUCUUCCCCUGCCCUGGGUGUUGGAAGGGAUUUACUGAGUCGCCCAAGUUCUGUGAACACUGGAGAACUCGCACCAGGGAGAAGCCAUUCAUCUGCUGUGACUGUGGGAAGGGAUUAGCUCAGACUGGCAUGUCCAGAGGUCACACUGGAAAGAAAAAAACGUUCGCCUGCCCUGAGUGCGGGAAGAGAUUCGCUCAGGGUUCCAAGUGAAAACAACAGUGUGCAAAACGAUACACUCACUCAUCCGAUCUGCUGAGGGAUCAGCAAGGUCAUGAGUGACUGUAGGGGGGGGGUGGGGGUGGGGGUGGUGUCUGACAGCUUCUAUAAUGUACUUGUGUCAUGGCUUGCAAACUUUAUCACGUGUAUAAUCAGCUUGCCAUUUCUGAACCAUUCACCCGUGCUCGUGUGAGGGUCGGCUCAUCUGGUUUGAGGAUUUCACAUGUCGUGUGUCGAUCACGAAAUGAUGUCUCCAAUCCAGCUCGCUUAAGGGUUCAUUGGACAUAAGCCACUGAUGGGAGAGCGGAAAAAGCAAGUGAGAGCCUGCAGUUUCGCAAGAAGACAGCCUUGUGGUUGAUCUGCAGCAACGCCGGGACUAGUGUUUGACCACCAAGCCCAGAGGAAUGCUUGGGAAAUCUCCUCAGAAGAGGCAGGGUAGCACCUGACCUGAGAUCCAGUAUCUUAUUAUUGUAUGGGACUUUUCACAGUUCGUUGGACUUCCCGCGGAUUGGGUUCACGCGUGGUGCCGUGGGAGUUGAGAUUGAGCUCCAAGUGCCAGCCAGCACCGGGUUUCCUGAAAGGAUGUGAGGUUUACGUGUUUUAAUAUAUCUAAAGUAGUUUAAGUUAUUAAUUUUGUUGAAAUCUGUCUAAAGUAGUGUAAGCUAAUAAUGAUUAGAUUACUAUAUAUAUAUUAUUCAGUGAUCUAAGCUAAUAAAUUUGUGUGUCACACUA